GCUAUAAGAGGCAUUAUCGUUCUUUCAUGAACCUAUAUCAUUGUCAAAAUUCACUAAUGAAUAAGAGUUAAAUUAACCAAAUAAAGUGUCAUAAAGCCGUGUGUAAAUUGAUCCCUAUAAUACCCUUUUCCUAAACUCACUUCUCGAAAGCAAGAUACCGCCUACUCUUUUCAUAUUGUACUUCUAAUCUAAUCCUAUUUUUCUCUGCCUAAUUUUUUGGUUUUGUCAGGUUGAUUUCCUUACAUAUAUAACAUCAGAGGCGAAAGGCGACAUUUUUUUAAAAUGGUUCCAAAACAAGAAAACACAUUUCGAUCAAAAGACAAAGAAGUACGCAAAACAAAUGAUAGCUCUAUUCUUUCAAAAGCUUCAGUUGAAAAAUGUGGCUAUCCAGGAUUUGAUAAAAAUCACAGUUACUACAGGCCGUUUAUUAGUAAAACUCCUCGAAGAUCGCCAAGUGUCAACAGAGGAUACUGGACUCGUUGUAUUGCGAUUCGGUUUGCUAUAGAGCAAUUUUUAGAAAAAAAGCGCGGAAAACCGAAAGCAAUUGUAAACUUAGGAGCCGGAUACGAUCCGUUGGCUUUGCAACUCUUAAAUUCUCUUAGUGAUCGAAGCACAGAAGACAUCGCGUUUUACGAUGUGGAUUAUCCCGAGUCAAUUGAAAAUAGAGUGAGCAUGAUAUUGUCCGACGAUUUCCUUCGAGGAAUAGUCUAUAGAAAUAGUUUUGAAAUUGAUGAACUCGAAGAAAUCCAUACUAAUAACUAUCAUACUGUUGGUUGCAAUUUGAAAGAUUUGGAUCUCCUUCAAAAAAAGCUCGAGGAGUGUGGCCUUGAUUUCAAAACAAGUUCAAUCCUUUUCAUAUCUGAAGUUGCAGCGGUCUAUAUGCCAGUCAAUGCAUCAGAUUCACUUCUCCAGUGGAUGUCGCAAUUUUCGGAUGCUCAUUCUUGUUUCUUAGAACAGAUAGCUCCUGCUGGAUUUAAUCACCCAUUUGCUAAAGUGAUGAUUAGACAUUUCAAAGAAUGGGGUACCCCACUGCAUGGACUUGCCGCAUAUCAGAAUUUAGAGGCAUUGAAAUACAGGUGGGUGAACUUGGGUUGGGAGCACGUAGAGGUGUUUGAUGUAUGUACUUUCUGGAAUUUCUUAUUAAGCGAAAGAUAUCGAGUGGAAUGUGAACAAACCGAACCAUUUGAUGAAUGGGAAGAGUUUUAUUUUUUCCUUCAACAUUACAGUAUCCAGCAUGCCAGUAGUACGUUGGAUCAAAUGUACAAUUUGGUUGAACAUCCAAAUCCUUUUAUGCAAUACUAUCGCUAUCAAAUCAAUGGACAUGAAUGUUCUCCUGUCCAAUGUGAAUCAAUAUUAUCUAAUAAGCGCAUAGAACUCACUAUGGUUGCUGCUGAAAUAAAGCAAGCUCUUCCUAGUUGCCGCUCCGCUGGUGUUGGUGCUUCUGAGAAUGGAAUAAUUAUCCAAGGAGGAUUAUCGACCUCUGGGCGUACUAAUUCAGCGUUUCUUAUAACAGAAAAGCAAAAUGUGAUAGAUAUUUCGAGUUCUGAAAUAAGUCCUCGUAUGAACCUAUCAAUUGUACCGGUGAAUAAUGGAGAUUAUAUGCUUAUAGGUGGAAGGGAAUCCCCGGUUAGAGCAUUUGAUACUUGUUAUUUGUACUCCAAGGGGGCUUGGAAACAAACCGCUUCUUUACCCUAUCCAGCAUUUCGUGUUUCAACUACGAAGGUGCAUUAUGGAAAUGAAAACUUUAUCCUGCUUCAGGCCGGUAAACCACAUGGUGGUUGGCUAAUUUGGUCGGAGCAAACAAAUGAAUGGUCUCAGGUUUGCUGUACAGAACCGUCUUUAACCAAAAGCUGGGGUUCUAGCAUUCAUUAUUCUUCACAAUUACAAUAUGGAUUCAUAACAGGUGGCAUGAAUCAACAUAAUUUACCUAUUGAUGAUGUUUGGGAAUGGAAACUCGAGAAACGGAACAAUCGAUUUGAAUUGCAUUUUUCACCAUGGAAUUUGAGUGAAGGCUCAAAGGUUUUACUCGCACGGGUCAAUAGCAAUCUUGCAAUUUUGGACAACGAUAAUGCUAUGCCAUUGAUUAUUGGUGGUGCUGGCUUGUAUAAAACCAUAAAGUGGGAAGAAGAAGUCAUUAUCAUAAAUAUGGUCGGUCAACAGAUUGAGAAUGUUCCUUUGGAAGAACCUGAAUCAAGACCGGUUUUAGUUUCUUGUCAAUGCUGUUGCCUUCGUGAUUUACUCUUUGUUUUUGGGGGUGGUUGUAUAUGUUUUUCUUUUGGAUCUUUUAUCAAUGAAAACGUUCACUGCUUAAAGGUUUCUGAAAAAUAAAAUUGAAGUUUUUAGUUACAUUCAAUUGUAUUUAUUUAUUUAUUAUAGUAGGUUAAAAAGAUAGUAAGUUAUGUGCUCAAUGUAAUAAAAUAAAUCAAAC